AGAAUGAUCUUAGGAAAAUGGGAAUGAAAGAAUUUAAGCUGUAAAAUAUUUUCGAGGGUGAAUAUAUAUACAUAUAUAAAAGGGGAUAAGUUUUACUCCACACUCCAACACAGUAGGUGGCGAUAAUGCUCCUUUAAAGUUGGUGCUGCUCGCAUAAAGACAAAAAAGAAGAAGAUCACAUGGUACGUAACUCUUUCCCGUUUAACCUCCCUAGUCAGAAUUAUGUGAAUGUAACGUUACUGGAUAUCUGCUAGUCGACAAGACAACGGACCCUACAGCACAGUCAUAAUGAGAAUCAUAAUAGGUGGAGGUUCAGGGUUUGUUGGUCGUGAGCUGACACGUUUGUUGAAAACCAAAGGUCAUGAAAUAACAAUCAUAUCCAGGCAGCCUGGGCCAGGAAGAAUAACAUGGGCUGAUGUGGAGUCAGGAGGUCUACCGCCGUGUGAGGGUGCUGUCAAUCUAGCAGGGGAGAAUAUUAUGAACCCCUUGCGAUGGUGGAAUGAAAGUUAUAAGAGGGAUCUGUUCUCCAGCCGUGUAGAUACGACCAGACUGUUGACUCAAGCUAUUGCCGCCUCGCCUGCUCCGCCACAUUCAUGGGUGCUUGUCACAGGCGUAGCCUGUUAUAAUCCUAGUCUUGAAACCGAAUACACUGAGGAGAGUGACUGGACACCGUUUGACUUCCUGUCUCGUCUGGUACAGGAGUGGGAGCGAGCAGGGCAGCUUCCUGACCACAGUGCUAAGAAAACGAGACAAGUGGUGAUCCGGCCAGGUGCUGUGUUAGGACGUGAUUGUGGCGCCAUGAAACAGAUGAUGAUCCCAUUCUGGCUUGGUCUCGGAGGGACUCUUGGCUCGGGACGUCAACCCUUCCCGUGGAUUCAUGUCUCAGACUUGGCUGGAAUCAUUGCUCAUGCACUGGAGCCACAUAAAGAACCACCAUCCACAAAACCGGAUGUAUUUAAUGGGGUUGCGCCUGCUUUGAAUACAAAUUUUGAGUUCACUAAAGAGUUGGGUAAGGCUCUAAAAAGGCCUACAAUCUUCCCUGUGCCUGGCUUUCUCUUAGAUGCCUUCCUUGGUUCUGAGAGGGCCGUUAUCCUCACACAAGGGCAGAAAGUGGUACCCAAAAGAACGCUCGAGUCAGGCUUUGAGUUCAGAUACCCAGAUUUUACUUCUGCUUUAAAGGAAAUUGUUGGACAUUAGCGAUCUGUCAAAACGCUAGGCGCUAGCCCAAUAAGAUGUCCUGAAGGAGACUAGGCUUAUUUGCUUAUAAAGAUACAUUUAAUGUUAAAACAUUAUAGUGAAAUGUUGAUAUUUAAAUGUUCUUGACUGCAUUUGAUUGUCCUCCCCAGAACUAUUUACUGUAUAAGUUUACAUACACUUGUGAACGUGAAGACAAAAAUAAUAAUUAAAAUUGAAGCUUAGUACUGCUUGAACAAACAUAACUGAUGUUUACAUAUAGUCUACUUUACAACUGCAUAUCUGUUUGUACAGAACAUGUUUUUGGUAGAAUAAAAACUGCAUUUGUAAAUAAAUAAUAUUUCAUAAUAGUGUUGCGUCCUGUUAAAUAAUCAUAGAAUAUGUGACCCUGUCUGUUAUAAUUCAGGCUAGUCUCAUAAUCUGAGAUAAAGAGAUUCAAAGUUUCACACUGACCAUUACCUUUACUGUGAUUUUAAUCUU